CUCCCCAAUUCGGGGGUCCCCAGAUGCCGCUGGCCCGCUCUGUGUCCGUCAGCUCCCUGCCGGGCCUGGAGGACUGGGGGGGUCCCGGCGCCCCCGACAACGUCGUGCUCUUCGAGGUGGCCUGGGAGGUGGCCAACAAAGUGGGGGGGAUCUACACGGUGCUGCAGACCAAGGCGCGGGUGACGGCCGACGAGUGGGGCGAGAGCUACGUGCUGGUGGGGCCCUACGUGGAGAGCGCCGUGCGCACGCAGGUGGAGCUGCUGGAGCCGCCGCAGCCCGCCCUGCGCCGCACGCUGGCUGCCAUGAACGCCCAGGGCUGCAAGGUGCAUUUUGGGCGCUGGCUGAUCGAGGGCAGCCCGGCCGUGGUGCUGCUGGACGUGGGGGCCACGGCCUGGAGCCUGGAGCGCUGGAAGGGCGAGCUCUGGGAGAGCUGCGCCAUCGGCGUGCCCUGGUACGACCGCGAGGCCAACGACGCCGUCCUCUUCGGCUUCCUCGUCGCCUGGUUCCUGGGAGAGGUGGGUUUGGGGGUCCUCAGGGGGUUUUGGGGUUCCCCAGGGGGGUUUGAGGAGGUUUGGGGUGGUUUUGGGGAGGUUUGAGGGGGUUUUGGGGUGCCCCAAUGACCGUGACGCAAAGACUCCGCUCUCUUUGACUUGUUUGUAUCCUGGUUCUCAGGGGGUUUUGGGGUUCCUCCG